AGCACCAUGAAGUUCUUAGUAGUUUUCGCUCUCCUUUUAGCUACCACCUACGCCUCUCCGGUACUCUACCAGAGGGACUUGGUUGUUCCCGUAUUGGAUGACAGUUUGGAAGGACGUAUUACCAAUGGUGAAACCGCUUCCGCAGGCCAAUUCCCAUACCAAGUUGGACUUUCAUUGAAAUUGAGCACUUUUUCGUCGGCAUGGUGCGGUGGUUCUUUGAUUGGUAACCAAUGGGUCCUUACUGCUGCUCACUGUACCGAUGGCGUUAAAUCUGUCACCGUCUACUUAGGUGCCACCGUUCGUACUUCGGCCGAGGCUACAUACACUGUAUCCAGCAGCGAUAUUAUCAUCCACGCUGACUGGGAUUCCAGCACUUUGAAGAACGAUAUCUCUCUCAUCAAAAUUCCAUCAGUGACCUACUCCAGCAAAAUUCAAGCCGUCGAAUUGCCCGCUGUUGCCAGCUCCUACUCUACAUAUGCUGGAGAAUCUGCCAUUGCUUCAGGUUGGGGAAAAAUCAGCGAUUCCGCCACCAGUGUGACUAGCAACUUGCAAUACGCCACCUUAAGCAUUAUUACCAACACGGUCUGUGCCCGCACUUAUGGAACUUCGAUUGUUACUUCUUCUAACAUUUGCGUAUCCACAACUGGUGGAGUUUCCACUUGCAACGGUGACUCAGGUGGCCCAUUGGUGUUGGCUUCUUCGGGAGUACAGAUCGGUUUAACUUCAUUCGGUGCUUCAGCUGGCUGUGCUAAGGGUUAUCCAGCUGCCUUCACCCGUUUGACCAGCUACCUUGACUGGAUCCAGACCAACACUGGCAUUUCUUACUAGAUUUGUUGAACUCAAUUGAAAACUAAAUAAAAUGACUUGCAUACUUAAGUA